UAAAGCUGUACCUUAUAAUGCUCCUUCUGGAGGUUCUCAGAGUUUUGGACCAGGAGGAUCAACUUACCAAGUACCAGCUACAAGUCAAGGAUAUCAACAGGGUCAACCUUUUCCGCCCGCUGGCUGUUCACCGUCUCCAACUCCAGGAGUUGCUCCGCCAACAUCCGGAGGACCAAAUCCAUAUUCUCGUGGUCCUCAGGUCGGUUAUCCUCGUCCUGUUGCAAAUUAUCAACAAGGAUACCAACUAUUUACUGAAAACAUUUUAUUUUUCAGUAAAGCUGUACCUUAUAAUGCUCCUUCUGGAGGUUCUCAGAGUUUUGGACCAGGAGGAUCAACUUACCAAGUACCAGCUACAAGUCAAGGAUAUCAACAGGGUCAACCUUUUCCGCCCGCUGGCUGUUCACCGUCUCCAACUCCAGGAGUUGCUCCGCCAACAUCCGGAGGACCAAAUCCAUAUUCUCGUGGUCCUCAGGUCGGUUAUCCUCGUCCUGUUGCAAAUUAUCAACAAGGAUACCAGUGACGUCUCUUGCCAAGAUACUAUAUAAGUCAAGAUUUGGGCUGUGUAACUUCUAAUGAUACAAUCAAAUGAGCAUAUGUACUCAUUUUAUUGUUAAGUUUAAAUAAACAGUUUUGUAUAGGAUUUUGCAUCUUGCAGUUUUCUGUUUGUUCUUUUCUGCAUCAAUUUUUAUAGAUAUAUUAAAUAUAAAAAUUAUUAUUGGUAUAUUAAAUAUAAAAAUCAUUCCAUGUUAAAUUAUAUACUACAUUGAUAUUGUGUAAAAUGGUAUUGCAUGAGAAAGAAUAAAGGUAUAUAAAGGUG